CCAAUCGGAAGGCCAAUUCGAGUCAGUCGUUGAAAGCUGUCCGCUGCAGGUGCAUGAUUAACGGUUUGACCGUAGGCACACAGCGUUUUGUUUGAAGUGGAAGUUUUUUUCUUCUUUUUGUCGUUGUAGUUGUUAUUGCGCUUCAUUGCAUUCAAAGAGUGUGUUAAUUAGUGUAACGGCUGCUGGCGGCCAUAAUUAAAUCGUGUGAAUCACAGCAGCGAGAGAACGGAGAAAUGAAAUGUGUUGCUAGUAAAUUUAACAUGUGGUUGCACUUGGGUUGGUUGCUGGGGUUGCUGCUGGUCCUGUUGCCGUUGGUCCGAUGCCAAGGAUGGGGCGAACCACGGUUCGAGACGGGAAAUGUUGAAAAUAUAUCACUCGCCGCAUACAACGAGGCGCAGCUUCAGCAAGAUGUCUGGAUGGUGGAGGAGAUGGAUGCACCGUUCGUGCUGCUCUACAUCAAUUACCAAGGACCGUCCGAGCCUACGAUACGCGAGUCACCGGCCGAUCUUGACGCAAGGCUACAGCUGUCCGAGGCUGGCCGCUGGUCGAUCGUAAUCAAUCGCCGUCAGGACUACGAGGUGCAUCAGCGUAGCAGUCUCAUUCUGCUGGCCGUCGAAUCCACGGCUAUCCCGUACGCGAUCGUGGUCAACUUGGUGAACGUGCUGGACAAUGCGCCCGUCAUGACGGCCCAAGGUAGCUGUGAGAUUGAGGAGUUGCGCGGGGACUUUGUGACGGACUGUCUGUUUAACGUGUACCAUGCGGACGGGUUCGAGGAGAAUGGCAUUGGCAAUUCGAGCACGAACGAGCUGUCGUUCGAGAUCGGUGAUGUGGCCGGUGCGCGGGACCACUUUACGUACGUGCCCUCCACGGUGACCCCUUCCCAGCCGAUCUACAACAAGCUGUUCAAUUUGAAAGUUUUAAAGCAGCUGGACUACACCGAGAACGCUAUAUUUAACUUCAUCACCACCGUGUACGACCUAGACCGGACGCACUCCUUCAAGAUGAGUACGAUCGUUCAGGUACGCAACGUCGAUAGCCGGCCUCCGAUCUUUAGCCGACCGUUCACCAGCGAACGAAUCAUGGAAAAGGAACCAUUUUACGCGACCGUGAUCGCAAUCGACCGUGACACUGGACUAAACAAACCGAUCUGUUACGAGCUGACGGCUCUAGUACCGGAAUAUCAGAAAUAUUUCGAUAUUGGACAAACUGAUGGAAAGCUGACCGUGCACCCGAUUGAUCGAGAUGCGGAACAGAAUGAGCUGUACACCUUUACGAUUGUAGCGUACAAGUGUCACAACCGGCUGCUGAACACCUCCAGCGAGGGUGCAAUCAUUUUGCUGGACAAAAAUGACAACAUUCCCGAAAUAUACAUGAAGCCGCUUGAGCUGGAGUUUUGGGAAAACACCAUCAUGGAGCUGCCAUUCGACGAGCUCGUCAUUCACGAUCGCGAUCUCGGCGAGAAUGCCCGGUACGAGGUGCGGCUGGCCGAAACGGUAGCAGGCGUACAGCAGACAACGGACUCGUUCACCAUCAUCCCUGGCAACGGGUACCAGCGUGUAUCGUUCACGAUCAACAUCAACAAUGCGACCAGCCUGGACUAUGAGCUGCCGGAGCGUCAAACGUUUGUGCUGCACGUUACCGCUCACGAACCGAUCGAACCGACGCACGAAAGCACCCAGCCGAUUACGAUUCGGCUCAAAAACUGGAACGAUGAGGUACCGAAGUUUGGCCGCGAUGAGUACCAGAUCAGCGUGCCCGAAACGAUCGGAGCGGGCGAGCUGUUGGCAACGGUUACCGUGACCGAUCGCGACAUAGACGAUGGUAUAAGGCUGUUCGCACUGGGACGGUUGGCUGAAAGUUUAAGCGUCACCGAGCUGCCGGUCAGUGCCGAGCCCGAGACUAACCUCCCCCUGUACGGGUUCGAAAUCGCUACCAAGGUGGGGGACAUCUUCGACUACGAUAUUGCAAAAGAGGUGAUAGUGCAGCUGCAGGCGGAAGAUACGCUGCGCACGGCUAAACAAGAAAGCCUGCAUCAGAUCUUCUCGCAGCUCACCAUCACGGUGAUAGACGUGAACAAUAAGCCGCCACAAAUUACGCUGCCUCGCGGUACGAUGCACAUUUUGGAAAACUCGGUCGCCGACAGUGCGGUUAUCAUUGGCGAGGAGCAGAUAGCACAGAUCAUCGGCACAGAUCCCGACACCGAGGCGGAGCUGGAGUUUAGUAUCGAUUGGAGCAACAGCUAUGGCACCAAGAGCGGAAUCCGGGCGAAGGCGGAAACAUACGAAAACUGUUUCUACAUACACGAGGAAAAGGUAAACCGUCAGCGAACGAUCGGAACCAUCCGUGUGAAUCCCACGUUCCCCCUGGACGUCGAUCACGAAAUGUACGACACACUGUUCCUGGUCAUUCGGCUGGUGGACCGGAAUCAGACGAUCCUGCCCAAUACGGUGGAAACUGUAGUGGCGAUACAGAUUGACGAUGAGAACGAUAAUGCUCCUUACUUUGACAACAGCACGCUCACGGUGGUACGGUCGGUUAAGGAACGAUCGGACUCGGGCGUAACGAUCGGUAACAUUAUUGCUCACGACAUUGACGGACCAGGAAAUAACGAAAUAACGUUCGCGAUGGAACCAAUCGAUCCGGCCCACAAAGGAUGGAUGAACAUUGACGACAACGGUAUCGUAAGGGUGGAGGGCAAUCGAUCGAUCGACUGUGACAUCCCGCCCAUCGACAAGGUACUACAGAACGUAACCAUAUCGGACUGGAAGUGGAGUAACUGGCACGUGUUUGAAAUUGUCCUGAUGGACACCAACAACAAGCAGCCGUAUCACGAUCCCUUCCCGAACGAUGGGCAGGUGUACCAGUUUGAGAAAAUACCCUCCAAUACGGCCAUCGUGCGGGUGGAGGGUAAAGAUCAGGAUCGUGAUGUCCCGUACCAUACCGUGUCGUACGAGAUCAACUAUCGGGAUUUUCCGCAGCUGCAGCGUUACUUCGAGGUGGACAGUACCGGGCGGGUGUACGUGAAGGAAAACAACGAUCUGCUCGAUCGAGAUGCGGGUCUUGAGAGCAUUAUGAUUAACAUCGUGAUGCUGGAUAAUGCGGGUGGAUAUGACAUUCAAAAUCGUGUAUCGACAAACAUCAAUCUCACUCUGCUCGACAUCAACGAUCAUACGCCAAAGCUACCGGAGCUGGCAGCGGACGAACUGAAGGUGUCGGAGAAUGCCAAGCAGGGCUACAUCGUAAAGACACCCUUUGCUGCACUUGACCUAGAUGACAAGCGUACACCAAAUGCAAAGAUCAACUACUACAUCGAAGAGAUGACGCCAGAGCUGGAAACUCCCCUAUUCUCGCUAGAAAAUAUAGACGAAUACAAUGCGGUGCUAAGGGUGGCUCAAGAUCUGAAAGGAUAUUACGGAACGUGGACACUGAAAAUUAAGGCCUGUGAUCGUGGCAGUGAGUACGAACCAAUAAUUCCACUAACGGAAGAACCGAAGGACAAUUGCGAGACACGCGACUACGAGCUGACGGUGGAGCCGUUCAACUACAACACUCCCAGCAUUACCUACCCCUCCCGUAGCGCACAGCUCCGUCUAAAGUACGAAUCGCUACAAAACGGACGCCCGCUGGUCGAGACUAAUGGGUCCCCGUUGCCGAAAUUCGAAGCCAUCGAUGAUGAUGGUGGCAUAUAUGGAGACGUAACGUUUUCACUGACCAGCACAAACGACGGUGAGCAGGACCACGAAGUGUUCCGGGUGGAUAAAGUUGACAACAAAACGGGCCUGCUAGUGUUGGAAAAUUCUCUCGCCGUACAACCGUUCCCGAAAAACUACAGCAUCACCGUGAUUGCCAGGGAUGGCGGUGACAGGCAGUCGGAAGCCGCUAUUCACGUCGUCUUCAUCAACAUGACGGGCGAGCCGGCCUUUCUGGAGCCGACCUUCGAUACGGACUUUACAGAAAAUGAAGAGGGUCGCGAUGAGAGACGACAGCUACCGUUUGCCGAGGAUCCGAAGAACGCGGGCCUUCCCCCGGGCGCAGAGACGAACGUGUACUAUUUCAUCGAUAAGACGUACGGUAAUGCGAGCCAUCUGUUUCAACUGGACCGCGUCAGCAAUGUGCUGCAGCUGGCCCAGCUGCUCGACCGGGAAGAGAUACCGACGCACGAAAUCCGAAUCGUGGCCACCAACAACGAAAAUGGCCCGCCGGAUACGGUGCUCGAAUCGUCCCCCUCGCUGCUGGUUGUCCGCAUCAAGGUGAACGAUGUGAACGACAAUCCGCCGGUGUUUCAGCAGCGGCUGUACGCCGCCGGCAUCACCACGAACGACCGCGUCCCGAAGGCACUGUUUCGCGUGUACGCCGAAGAUCCGGACGAGGACGAAAUCAUCCGGUACGAGUUGGUGAACGGGACGGCGGUCGGUGAAAACCUGCAAACGGACGGGCUGCCCUUCCGGCUCCAUCCGGACAGUGGAGAACUAACGCUGACGUCCAAGGUACAGCCGAACCAGAACGGGUACUAUCAGCUCACCCUGAUUGCGUUCGAUCGGGACGAUACGCACAAUGAUACGGUGCCGGCCAAGGUGUACAUCGUGUCGGAAUCGAACCGCGUGACGUUCGUGUUUCUGAACAGCGUCGAGGAGAUUGAUCAACCGGACGUGCGGAAGUUUCUUGCCCAAGAGCUGACCGGUGCGUACGAAAUGGAAUGCAACAUCGACGACAUCGACCAGACGACGGCGAGCGACGGUAGACAGGCCGGGGGGUCUAGCAGCGCCCUCACGGACGUUCGGACCCACUUCAUCCAGGACAAUCAGGCGGUGGAGGCGAGCCGGAUACAGCUGCGAUCCUCGAACCGGACGUUCGUCACCGUGCUCAAGACGACGCUGCGCACUCGCGGCCUCUCCCUGCAGGACGUACCGCCCCUGGCGACGGAAGCGCUGACCGAGGCGGACGAAACGCUGCAGAUCAUCCUGAUUGUGGUAUCGGCGGCCCUAGCCGUCCUGUGCGUGAUACUGUUCGUGGCGUUCUUCAUCAAGAUCCGCAGCCUAAAUCGCCAGCUGAAGGCACUGUCCGCGACCGACUUUGGGUCGAUUUCGUCCGAGCUGAAUGGGAAGCCGACGCGCAACGUGCCCACAACGAACAUCUUCUCUAUCGAGGGCUCCAAUCCGGUGCUUAACGAUAACGAGUUCCGCGACCGGAUGGGUGGUGGUGGUGGCGGUGUUUAUGACGAUCUCAGUCUACAAUCGGAAGAAUCCGACUUCAACGACGUGGACAGGGACAUUUUCGCACCGAAGCGAAAGGAGAGUCUUAAUCCCGCGCUCCUGGAGCACAUACGCCAGCGUUCGCUAAACCCAAUGGCGAACGGAACCGACAAGAGCAACGACGGUGCGCCUACCUCCAACCAUAAAAAGCUCGACGAAACUGACGACGAGCUGUCCCACCGGUUCUAGCGCGUGUGUAGUGGUUUCGAUGUCGAUGGUUUUAUGUGCUGGUUUGGUGUUAAUUUUAGCUGUAAAUACAUUUUACUGUUAUUGGAUGAA